GCACGUGCGCGCGCGCGCGCGGCUCCACUGCCGAGCUACCGCGGGAAAAUUCCAAAAAAGUCUGAACAAAACAAAAAGCCUGUACGAGGCAAACCCAAAUUUUCAAGCCACAGAACCCGGGCGGUGGCGUCCUUUCCGCCACUGCUCAAACUGCUGAAGCAGCUCUGGCGCGGACCACCCGGUUUGAUGCGUGCUUGCUGUUUCCCUCAGUGCUCCGCAGGCCACUGGGAAGGUACAUCACCUUUUCCCUUUUUCUGAGAUGGCUCAAAACUCAGCAGGCCUUUCUUCUGAUUAUCAGUUUUGGAUGCAGAAGCUUUCUGUAUGGGACCAGGCCUCCACUUUGGAAACCCAACAAGACACCUGUCUUCACCUGCCUCAGUUCCAGGAGUUCCUGAGGCAGAUGUAUGAAGCCUUGAAAGAGAUGGAUUCAAAUACAGUUACUGAAAGAUUCCCUACAAUUGGUCAACUGUUGGCAAAAACUUGCUGGAAUCCUUUUAUCUUAGCAUAUGAUGAAAGCCAAAAAAUUCUAAUAUGGUGUUUAUGUUGUCUGAUUAACAAGGAACCACGGAAUUCUGGAGACUCGAAACUUAACUCCUGGACACGGGGGUUGUUAUCUCAUAUACUUUCGGCAUUCAGAUUUGAUAUGAAAGAAGUUGGUCUUUUUACUCAAGGUCUUGGGUAUGCACCUGCAGAUUACUAUCCUGGUUUGCUUAAAAAUAUGGUUUUAUCGUUAGUGUCUGAACUCAGAGAGAAUCAUCUUAAUGGAUUUAACACUCAAAGGCGAAUGGCUCCUGAACGAGUAAGGUCCCUGUCACGAGUUUGUGUCCCACUUGUUACUCUGCCAGAUUUUGAACCACUGGUGUUGGCUCUGCUCACCUGCCAUGGACAUGAACCUCAGGAGGUGCUGUGGCCUGAGUUCUUCGGUGCUGUGAAUGAGGCCUUUUUGCUGAAGAAGAUUUCUCUCCCCACGUCAGCAAUAGUCUGCCUCUGGCUUCGGCACCUUCCCAGCCUUGAAAAAGCAAUGCUGCAUCUUUUUGAAAAGCUGAUCUCCAGUGAGAGAAAUUUUCUGAGAAGGAUCGAAUGCUUUAUGAAAGAUUCAUUGCUGCCUGAAGCAGCCUGCCACCCUGCCAUAUUCAGAAUUGUGGAUGAAAUGUUCAGGUACGCACUCCUGGAAACCGACGGAGCCCCAGAAGUACUGGCCACCAUUCAGGUGUUUACAUGGUGCUUCUUAGAAGCUCUGGGAAAAGAGAAGAAGCAGCUAAAGUUUGCACUCAAGACCUACUUUCCUUAUGCUUCUCCAUCUCUUGUCAUGGUGCUACUCCAACACCCAAAAGAUAUCCCACAGGGACUGUGGCACCAGUCACUGAAACAUAUUUCAGAAAAGCUCAGAGAGAGAGUUGAAGACCAGACUGACGGGUCCUACGGAGGCCCCUUUGAGUGCUGGUUUUUGUUCGUCCACUUUGGAGGAUGGGCUGAUAUUGCGGCUGAGCAGUUACUGAUGUCAGAAGCUGAACCCCCUGAGGCCGUGCUGUGGCUCUUGGCCUUCAGCUACAGACCACGUGAUGGGAGUCAGCAGAGAGCACAGACCAUGGUGGAGGUGAAGGCAGUGCAUGGCCGCCUCAUGAAGCUGCUCAGAAGUCCGGCCCUCUCAGCUAGGGAUCUGCAGGCAGCAGCUGGAGAGAGCCAAGCCGCAGCCCCCAGACCAUCUGCGUGUGGACAGCUGAUCAGGCAUCUCCUCCUGAACUUCCUGCUCUGGGCUCCUGGAGGCCACGCAAUUGCCCGGGAAGUCAUCACCCUUAUGGCGCACACGGAUGAGAUAACCCACGAGAUCGCUAGCUUUCUUGACCAGACCUUGUACAGAUGGGAUCAUCUCUGCAUGGAAGCCCCUGCAUCGAGAAAACUGGCCAGAGAGCUCCUUGCAGAGCUGCGGGGUCAAGUCUAGCACAGGCCUGUUGAAGAUGUCGCUGUCACGCAGGGGCCCAGGCUCGUUG